CUCUGCCCCAAACGCCUCCCAGCCUUGGCUGGACUAUUGCAAAUACGGAAGGAAAGGAUGGGGAAUUCUGCUGGAGAUGCCUCCGGUGCCUCUGCUUUGGGAUCGGGGGGCUGGGGGGACAGGGACCCUCCGGACAGGCCCUUCCCGCACCCCGCUUGCAACGUAGCAAACAGGAAACGUGUGAGCACCGGCAGUUGAGCGUAACCCGAAAACGGAAAGCCGCCUUGGGUAAGAGAGGGGUGAGCACCCCGGCACGGGGCAGGACAAACACCCUCGGCGUGGGAGCAGCAUCCUCGCCAGCCCGCGCACCCCGGACCUGAGGGUCCCCCUCGGCAGGUGGGAAAGGAUGGAGCCAGCAGCCACAUCCGAGCGGCGGGCGGCUGCCAAGGGCCGGCGCUUGGGCUCCAGCCGGCGCAAGCAGCUGCGUGAAGGCUCCGGUGAGGCACUGGCAGCAGCCCCCGGCCCCGGCGAAGAGCCCCCGUGGGCAUCCGAAAUGGUGCAGAGAGUGCAGGACAUCUUCAGGGAGCGGGACAAGGACCAGGCGGGGUUUGUCACCCGCUCGGACAUGCAGAAAUUGCAGGAGGAAAAUUUCCCGUGCAGCACAGAGGAGCUGGAGCUCGUCUUCGAUGGGCUGGAUGCUGCCGGCACCGGGCAGUUAAGCACUGAGGAGUUCACUGCCGGGCUCCGGCAGUUCCUGAGCUCCCACAAAGCUGCCAUGGGCCACCGCCGGCGGAAAACAGCAUCCCGGAGGGUCCGCUUGGUCCUCCCCAGCCCGGCGUUGGAGGGGGCGGACAGCGAGGAGCAGAGACACUUCGCCGCCUUUAUGGAGCAGCUGGGCAUGGACAGUGUCUCUGAUGACAGACAGGAGAUAUGGCAGCUCUGGGUGAAGCUCCGGCAGGAUGAACCCCAACUCCUGGGCAACCUGGAGGACUUUCUGGCCAAGAUGAGGCACCGCAUCCAGGAAGCCAGGAGCAAGAAGGCGGCAUUGGAGGUGACCCUGAACACCAGGCGCGUGGCCGAGCACGACAAGGAGGUGCAGCAGCUCUGCGAGGCCCUGGAGCAGCAGAUUCGGCAGGAGCAGCAGCGGCUGGAGCAGGAGAGCAUGGCCCGGAGCCACCGGCACGGCGCAGAGCUGCAGCGAGUGCUGGAUGCCAGCGAGAGGGAGGUGCAGCGCUUGGUCACGGCGCAGAUGGAGCUGGAGACACGGUGCCGCAGCCUCCGCAGCACGCAGCAAGCCACCAGCACCGAAAACCAGCAGCUGGAGGAGAGCAACCGGGUGCUGGAGGACCGCCUGCAGCACCUCCACCAGCAGCUCCAGCAGACCCACGGGCGCCUGCGGACAGCGAGAGCAGCCGUGGCUUGGGAGCAGGCGGAGGAGCUGGGGGACAGAGCGGUGGCAGAGCUGCCUGGCGAGACACCAGUGUCCCCACAGAUGAGUCCAGAGAAGAGAGAGAAAUACCGCUCCGAGAUGUGGAUCAGGCUGGGGUCCCACGGCGGCAAGCCCAAAUCCAAGAGCACCCACCAAGUGGUUUGGGAAAUGCAGCCAGCAGAAAUAAGCCUUCUGGGCUCCCCGAGGAGAGCAAGCUCUGCAGAAGAGGACCCCUUCCCAGAAUCUCUGAAGGAGGAAUGCUUUUCUGACCAAAGCUCUUUGCUAAGAGAGAUGAAUGAUGCAAUAGUGGCUCUGAGCAAACAGCUGAAGCCACAGGCACUGGGUGCACCCCCCACACCGGCAGACACUGCCCAUCACCUCCAGGAUGACGCUGAGCCCCAAAUGGGGCUGGAGAAAGGCACAGCCCAAGGCACAACUCCUGGGGUCCUGCCAGACACCCUCCCCAGCCACACUGGUCACAAGGUGUUUGAAGGAGACCUGAACGAGGGACCAGCUGCGGCUGAGCUUUGUGCUCCAGACGUGACACAGGCUGAUGUGUGGCAGCUACGUGCUUCGGGACAGGCAGCCCAAAGCGAGCUCCGGGAGCAGGUCUCCGCACAGGCAGAUAAGGUGAUGGUGGUUCAUGCUGCUUCCCAGCAGCCGGAGGAGAAGCCACAGCAUGUGAUGGAAACAGAGCAGGUAGCUGCCAGACCUGCUGAGCCUCCAAAACAAGAGGUGCCACCAGCAUUAACCCUUCACACGAGGGUCCAACAGGAGGAAGAUGCUGGGAAUGAUCAGCUGGGGAUGGUCUUCAGAGACUGUGCACUGGGGGAUGCAGCCCACAGCAGCACCCAGCCCCAGGGGCGGCUCUUGCCAGAACAGAGCGAAGACCUCAGUGUUGGUCAACAGGAGAAGAUGCAAGAGGCUGGGUGGAAAACAAGUUCAGAAGGUGAGCCCAGCCCAGGAGAGCCAAGGGCUGUGACUGCAGGUUGGUCAGGAGCUGCCCUGAGGGGUAGUCCUGAAGCCCCCCUGGACCCAGACCACCUCUACAACGUGCUCUUUGUUGGGGACUCCCAUGUGGGCAAAACAUCGUUCCUGUACCGCUUGCACGCCGACACCUUCAACCCGCACCUCACUGCCACAGUAGGGCUGGAUUAUCAGAUCAAACACCUCAUCGUGGACAACAGGCGCUUUGCUCUCCGCCUGUGGGACUCAGCUGGUCAGGAAAGGUACCACAGUGUCACCAAGCAGUUUUUUCGGAAAGCGGACGGGGUGGUGCUGAUGUACGACAUCACAUCGGAGUACUCCUUCUCGGACGUGCGGUACUGGCUGAGCUGCAUCCAGGAGGGAGCAGAGGAGGGAGUUGCUGUUCUGCUUCUCGGGAACAAAACGGACUGCGCUGCGGAGAGACGGGUCCCUACGAAGGAGGGCGAGCGCUUGGCCAAGGAGCAUCAGCUCAUGUUUUAUGAAUGCAGCGCUGCCUCGGGCCACAACGUCUCCGAGUCCAUGGUCAGCCUCAUCAGGUUGCUCAAAGUUCGUGAGGAUGAGUUGAAAGCUAAGGCAGAAGAGGUACCAAAGCCACCCCAGAAGAAAAAGGGCUGCUGCUGAUGUGGUCAGAGCCCUUGCUGUGAUCUGAAACUGCAGCAACAGCCAGAAAAGCGUACAAGUAGCCCUGAGGCACCACCUCUCCCCCCACCUGUGCCUUCCCCCCCUCAUCUCCCCGGGAUGCUGAGCAAAAGCCACUGUGGAGGAACUGGCUGUCCCCCAGCCCCUUCCCCGUCCAUCUCCUGCCGUUAUCCCACAGCACACGAGCCCUCCAAAAUGGGCGGAUUUCCCGAAGUAGGAAAAUUCACCUCGUUCUUCAGGAGACAAAACCCGGGCUAAGGAAUGAGGCAGAAAAGGAACCCAGCUGGAUCGGAGGUGCUGGAAUGACACUGGGAAGCAGCAGGGAGCAAAGCUGAGUCUUGGGAUAACAGGAAUGAACAUCGGGGAGUCACCCGAAGGCCAAGGGAUAAAACGAGGGGGUUGGGGUCGGUGCUGCUGUGCAGUGGUGGCUUUUGCUCUGGCUUUGUCAUCCGAUCAGAUUGGGUCUGGAACGACGAGAUACACAAUAUAUCCUAAAAGCACUUGCUCAGUCUCUCCGAUCAGGCACAGCAAAGCUGGUUUUGCCCUUUCCUGGUCCAUCGUGCCAGUGAGCAGUAACGGGUUUUGAUGGAAAACUACUAAAAACUUUGCUCAAAAUAAAUCAAAAAAAAAAGCAGGUCCAGGCUAAUUGAAAGAGCACCGGGCUGGCGGAAUGUAUGGUCAGGUAAAUGCUAGCAAAAACUCUUUUUUGCACUAUUUUUGCACUAUUGCAGCCGUCUCAGGGUGGGCAGGGAAGAGCAAGGUGCUGCACCCUGCCCUGCUGCAACUGUGGCCGCUUCUUUAUAUCCUGGAUCAGUUUUAAAACGCAGCAUGAAAAAUCUAAACAAGACCAUGUCACAAUUGCCAGUUGUUGGUUUUUUUUCUUUUUUCUUUUUACAGCUUGAUGCAGAGAACUAUACUUUUGCAGAGAAAGACAUCCAGACUAAAUAAAUAAGAAUAUAAGUGGUUUA